UAUCAUCAUGCAAUUUAAAAGUAACCCUCUUUCAUGAUUGUGAAUUCAGGAAGGGUUACAAAUAUGAGAAGUAAUCAUAAAACUUUGUGCAUAAAAGGGUUAUUGAGAGAAAACUGAGAUUGAAAGAGUAGAAUAGUGUUGUCCAAGGUUCUUGCAAGGUCUAAUCCACAUGUCCAAGCUGCACUUCUCCUCUGAGGAUGUUUCCACACUCUUUCCAACACAGUUGAGAUCUUCUAAGUUUAUGGAUCAAGUUAGCUGCAAAGACACUCAGACACUCAAGUCAGUAUCACGUAAGAGAAUAUGUUGUAUGCAGAAUCAAACCAGCAAAGAAGAGAGGUGAAUAAGAAGGUUGAAAAGUAGGGAAAGAAUUGAAGGAGGAGUAGAGUGAAACUGGGACCAUGUUGCCGUGAGGAGGACCAACAUAGAACAGUAUAGCCAAUGGGAUUGGCUCCCACCAUGUCCUUGCACAAAUACACAAACCCCAAAACACCCGUGGUCUGCCCUUUAAUUUGCCUCCUACCCCACACUCCCUCCACAUCACCCUCUUUUCAACCUCUCCAUAAAUACCCCCUCAUCACCCUUCUUAUUUUUCAUCAUCAUCAUCAACAUCUUCUUCUUCACUCUCUCUUCUCAUCUCAUUCAUCACAUCUCAACCACUCAACAACAUGGCCAUCAGAAAAUCAAACAAGCUUCCACAACAUGCAGUCUUGAAGCAGAUCCUCAAGAGGUGUUCAAGCCUAGGAAAGAAAAACGGGUACGAGGAUGAUGGCCACCCCGAUGAUGUCCCAAAAGGCCACUUUGCUGUUUAUGUGGGUGAAAACAGAACUAGGUACAUUGUGCCAAUCUCAUUCCUCGCUCACCCUGAGUUCCAAUCCCUCCUUCGACAAGCCGAAGAAGAGUUUGGCUUCGAUCACGAGAUGGGUCUCACCAUUCCUUGCGAAGAAGUUGUCUUCAGGUCUCUAACAUCCUCGUUGAGAUGAAACAGACAAUGGACGAGGACGAGGACGAGGUUUAUUUUACACUAUGGUUCUGACUGAAGAGGAUGGCCAAGUUGAAGCACCACUUUUUGCUUCUUUUUUCUCCCUUCGUCAUUGCCGUUUUCAUUGGCCUCUCUUCUUCAUUGGCCUCUCAUUCACAUUCUUCUUCAUUUGCUACUUCUAAAUCCAUCUCAUUCUUUUCUUGUCUUUUUUGUGGGUUUGUCGGAACAACCUGUUAUGAAGUCAACUGUGCGACUCUAACUUUGUUUCCAUGAAGAUUUCAUGGUAGAAAAACUGUACAAAUGUUUCAAGUUUUCCUCGCAGAGGUUUCUAUAUAAUAUACCCUGUGAGAGAAGUUUUAUGUCAAUGAAAACCACUUCAUCAUCUAUGUUCUACUCUUCCAAGUCACACACAAACCUUCCAUUUAAUUCAAAUUCAAACAACCAAGAUCUGCGACAUUAUUAGUAGUAUAAGGAUCACAAGUUAGAAAAGAAUUCAUUGUUGCAGCGAGCA